AUGCUACGGGAGCACCGUCUGGACCGCCACCGCGAGGAUGCAGCCAAUGACAGGACCAACCAGCGCGAGAGAAGAGGCCAGAGAAAGGGCCCUGAUCCAGCAAAGGGGGGGAUUCUUCACCCUGCGUACGCGCUCGCCUUUCGCCUGGCUUGCCCCCUGACCCACAGCGGCCUCUCGAGCCUUGGUUUAGCUGGGCCAGAAGAAGAUGAAGAAGAAGAUAUCGACAACAAGAGCAAAAGACGGGGCGGCCCCUAUGUGCUUAUAUUUAGCCCUGGGUUUGGGGUAAUGUACGGAGUACUCGAUACGCCGUCAACAUCUUCCAACAUCGUCCAACACCGCCUGUGUGACCGCUUCAGAGGCGCAGGAUGA